CACUUUUUUUUUCACAAAUGCCAAAGUGAACUCUUCCAGAUCUUGACAUGUUUCUCAGAAUUGAUCAUCUGGUGCUGGAGUGAACAUACUGUGCACCAUCGUGUGAUUUUCAUGCAUUGUAUAACAUGUUAAUACCGGGACCUAAAAUGUCCCAAAGUGAAAGGUGUACUUUACACUUACUGUUUGUGUGAAAUUGAGAUUAAAAUGCUUACAAUAAUUAGCAUCCAAGAGAAAAGGGCUAUUGUGUUUUCAGGGAUGCAAUGAAUACAAUCUUUUAAUCACUAUAUGCAAAGAAAGACCAAGUAAAAAUGUGGACUGGUACAUAAUCCUUAAAUGGAUUAGGUUGUGUAAAAUACUGUAAAGAAAUUUCUGUAAAGAAAUAGAGCAGAAACAUCAAAUCUGUUGUUGUAUGUAUAUUAACAACCUGUUUUGUCUCAGUCACAGCUGACCCAUGGAGGACAGAAAUGACAGUCCCAUGGCUGUGAAGGUGGAGGAGCAUUCUCGUUGUGUCAUUCUGACUUACUUCCAGGGGGACAUCAACAGCAUGGUGGAUGCUCACUUUACCCGUGCUCUCAGCAAAGUCUGUAAGGCCAAUGCACCCGUAGCAAAGAUGAAGAAAAUUCUUAAAACGAUUAAACUGGAGGAAUCCAGCCCCUGUCAGGGCAGUGCUGUUGACUGUUACUCAGAGUCACAGGUCCCUCCCCCUGAGCAUCUCCUGAACUUCAGCCCUGCAGAAGGCUCAUGGCACUCGUUUGCUGCCAGGGCAGCAGAGGGCCCCGGGUUGCAGUCCAUCGCCUACCCCCUGUCCUCCAAUGGGUUGAGUCUUACCGGACAGCAAUACGCCACAUCUCUGCUCAACCUACUGCAUAAUGAUCGGGUUGAGAUGGGACCCAGCAUGGCCUCCGGCUCCAAGCCAGAACUGCAGUGGACGGUCCCUCAAGGAUUUAGAGACUCCGUGGACCCCUCUGCGGGCUUUGAACCUGGACGACGUCUGGACAAGAAGGACUUGUACUGGUAUUGAAGCGAGACGGGGGGCGGCUUCAACUGCACCACAUACUGGUGGAUCUGCAAAGCCACCUGGCUUUCUGUUCAACUGUCGGAUGAUUUCUGGUCAAACAGGCCUCACUGAGUGUUAUCUGAGAAUAAUCGCAAGAUAAACACUGCAGCGCUUCCAUUCCUUUGCUGAAAUGACCUCAGUACAUCAGCAUGUAGCAAGUGGAGCGACCUUUCUGAAAGGGAACACUCUUCGACCAACCUGCUCUUCAACUCUGUCACUCCUCUCGCAGAUCGUAGAUCACUGUAUACGAUACGUUGUUGCUCCAGUUGGAUGAAGGGCAUUUUCUUCUGCCUUUAUCAGGCAGUAAAUAGACCAGUAUUACAGUAAGUUAAAGAAUGAACAUUUGUGAGUGUGUAAAUAUUGAUGUUAAUAUCUACAGUUUCAGUUGUUAUGAGACUAUUUCAUAUACUCAAACAAACAAUAAAAAUAGGGAUAGUGAUGUUAAUGACUUGUUUUAUGUAAACUUAAAGUCAUGCACUGUACAAAAAUGGAAUCAUAUAGAAACUUAAAUAUCUGGGAAGACCAACAAAAACAUCUCAAACACAUCUGUGCUGAAGACAGAUGUGUUUACUGAACAUAUUAAAAAUGUGAAAUACGUUUGAAGUAAAACAAAGAGUGUCAAAAACAUUAUUCUGAAAAGUAAUGAGCAUCAGACACACACAAUGACCAAUACUGACACUUAAUGAUGUUUUGUAUAUUUUGUAUAUUUUCCAUUUACUUUAUACAUUUACAUUUUAGAGGGAAAUACUGUACUUUUUACUUCACCACAUUUAUCUAACAGCUAUAAUAUAAUAAGCUACUACAACAUUAAGGUAGGCUACCACUUAAAUAUUAAUGUAUCAAUAAUGAUUCAAACAUAUAUUGGUAUAAUGCCGGUACCAUUCUGUAUAAUGAUUACUUUGACUUUUCUGUUGCCAAUACAUCUGAACUUCUACUGAAGUAGAUUUUAUACGCAAGACUUUUUCUUGUUAUGGAGUAUAUUUAUAGUGUGGUAUUUCUACUUUUACUUAGUAAAUUCUAUUGAUGUCUUCCACCACUGCAUAUGAUGUAUAUUUACCUGUAGUUAUUGAUAUUGUGGAAACCAAGGUGUUCAAUAUUGAAUAAAUAAAUGAGACAUUAUGAAAGAAAUAAUCAUGUGAAGAAAUACAUGUACUGUUUGUCUCAAUUGACCGACAGAGACUUGAUGAUUAAGAAUGGCAAUAUGAAAUAAAAUGAUCU